AUGGACACACAACAGGCACUUCCUCUCGGCUUUGCUGCCUGUGUCAUUGUGGCUGUUGUAACAUGGGUAUUCUGGCCUAGGUCUUCCCCGAAGUCAAAGGCUACCGGCGCAUAUGAUCCGAAAACAGGCAUUGGCCGCGGUGCUCCAGGCUUUCAAACAAACGUAACGCGCGUGGCACUUCCUGCUGAACUGGUUGCUCGUAUCAGGGCUGGCGAAGAGGUGAGUGCAGAGGAAAUCACCGCAGCCCAAGAGCGCGUUGCCAAGGGCUUGUUGCAACAACCGAAAGAAAAUGACUGGCUACCCGCUACGUCAUCUGCGCCAAAAAAGAAGAGUAACAAGGCGCGUCGUUCUAAAAAAUAA